UGCACCAGAGCAAAAAUGCUUAUUUUAAAAAAUAGAAUGACUGACUGAGAAGUCUAUGGGAUUUUGGCUUCUUUAACCCAUGAAACUUAAAUUUUGUGAUAAAGAUUUUCCCUUAAACGUCAAAGUGGAUGCUUACAACCGAACGCUAAAUUCAACCGCGUCUGACUUUCAUGGUGUGACGGAUCAAUAAAGCAAAAUAAAAUGACACAACAGUCAUAAAACUGGUAUUUUCUACAUAAUGAACAUGAACCCACAGUAUCUGCAACUUUUAUUAUAAGCGUGUGUGAAACAUUUAAAAGUCUGUUGCAGCAUAUUAGGCAGAGCGAGCAGCUUCUGGUCCGUGGGAACAACUGUCUUCAUAAAUACGUACUUGGAGGAAAACUUCUGGUUGUGUUUCUAAAUAGCAGCUUUAUUUUUCUUUGAAGUCUAAGACUCUUCUUUAGUUUUUUUCACUGGCUCUUUUCUCCCUCAACUUGGCACAUCCGAGCAGCUGCUUAAAGUCACGUGAAGCGUCAAGACACACCGAUGUGGUGAACAGAAUCCAGUAGUUUUCCAAAAUAAAACUUCCUUCAGCAUCAGAAAAUAAACAAAACAGAAAUCAUCAAAGUAAGCCUAUGCAUUUUGUUUCUAUCUGCGCCAAGUGCCACGCGGACCAUUCUGGGGGUUGGGGACCACUGCUCUAGAAGACUUCCUUGUUCCACUCAUCUUCUAGCUCUUCUCCUUUUGUUCAUCAUUAACUGUAUACACAAUAUUACCAAAAGUAUUCACUCACCCAUCCAAAUUUAUCACAAUAAGGUGUCCUAAUCAUUUGGUCUGGCCACAGGUGUAUAAAAUCAGGCACUCAGGCAUGCAGACUGUUUUUACUAACAUUUGUGAAAGAAUGGGCCGCUUCCAGGAGCUCAAUGAAGUCCAGUGUGGAAGUGUUACGGGACGCCACCUGUGCAACAAAUCCAGUGGUGACAUUCCCUUGCUCCUAAAUAUUCCACAGUCAACUGUCAGCUCUAUCACAACAAAAUGGAAAAGUUUGGAAACAACAGCAACUCAGCCACAAAGUGGUAGACAACGUGUACUGAGGGGUCAGUGGAUGCUGUAGCGCACAGUGAAAAGAGGUAGCUGACUUUCUGCACAGACAAUUGUUAAAGAGCUCCAAGCUUCAUGCGACCUUCAGAUUAGUCCAACUACAGUACACAGAGAGCUUCAUGGAAUGGGUCUAUGGAAUUUAAGGUCCAUAAAGACACGGUUAAGAGGGUCUGGUGUGGAUGAACUUGACUGGCCUGCACAUACAGUCCAGACCUGAACCUGAUAGAACACCUUGGGGAUGAAUUAGAGCAGAGACUGAGAGCCAGGCCUUCUCCACCAACAUCCGUGUGUGACCUCACCAAUGAGCUUUUAGAAGAAUGGUCAAAAUUCCUAUAAACACUCCUCAACCUUGUGGAAGAGUCCCAGAAGAGUUGAAGCUGUAAAAGCAGGAAAAGGUGGACCGACAUCAUAUUGACCUCUAUGGGUUAGGAAUAGGAUGGCACCUAGGUUUAUUUGUGAGUCAAGGGAAGUGAGCCGAUACUUUUGGUAACAUAGUAUAUGAGAACUGGACAAAGCAAUCACCCCCUUCUCGCUCCAAACAGGAAGUACACGGUGGUCCAAGAAGCCAAAAUGACAUAGACUUCUAUUGAGAAAUAAACAGCUAUUACUCAGUCAUUCUAUUUGUCAGAAAUGCAUUCUUGCUCUGAUAUCUUUUCCUUAACAUCUUCUUGCUCAUCCUAAAUUUUUCCCACUUUUUUUCUUUAUUGCAAUUUAUUUAAGUUAUAAAUUGGCCAAUCAUAUACCUCAGUAAAAACAUAUGGUGCCCACUGGUCCCCACCUUGAAAGUUUGAUUGACAGAUUCUUCAGAGCCCGCUUUCAAUGGGAGGGGUGUUGACUUCCAACACGCUUACUCCUGAUUGCCGCCAGGAGUUGCCAUAGAAACGUUGACUUAGAUCACUCUGACCAAUCACUGUCGUCUCGCUCUGAGAUGGCGACGUUUGUAUCGUGGAAAAAUGAAGUGAAUUGGCUUAAUUUUGCUGUAAGGCAGUUUCUAUGCAUGAUGUGACGUGAUAUCCGUCCAGUUCUCUUUUAUACAGUCAAAAAUAUUUAUUGGUGAAUGUAAACCAAUAAGAAGAGGUCAUGCUGCCCCCUACAGUAUAGGAGGCAUCCACAUUCAGGCCCAAAUUUUUAUGAACAGUGUGAGAUGGGUAUGAAGUCAGACAGGAAAAAAAUGAAGGUUCAGCACGAAGUGAUAGUGAGAGGAGGAUGGAGGUCGUGAUGGGGGGUGUCAGAGAAAAGUAGAACCACGUUAGGUGGGACUGAGGAGGGGCUGUAGGGGUGAAAUGAGGAAUCUGCUGAGUCAUCAUGACUGCUCCCAUAAUCGCUUAGCAACAAUGGCCUCUCUUCACUGCUGUCUGCACAGGCUCACAGGUCUGAGAUGAGAACCGGGCCAGUGCAGCACAAAGCCUGUCAUUGACAGACGCUGGUUAUGGAGCUGAUCUCAUCUUCUGCACCUCCACUCUCGCUCUGCUGACCCCUCAUAGCCCUCCCUCUCAGCUCUUCCAUGCUGUACACGCUCAGGCAGCGCAUCCUCUGCUCCGAGGUGACAUCCACUUCCCGCUGAGGUCUGUGCAGAAGAGCAGGGCUCUUGGGCAUGACGACGACUAACAAAGGAAACAAAGCUUUAAAGGUGAAGCGUGAGCCGGGAGAGAAUGGCACCAGCCUCACAGACGGAGAGCUGGUGACCAUGUCAGUGCGGGAGCUCAACCAGCACCUUCGAGGGCUCUCCAAAGAGGAGAUCCUGCAGCUCAAGCAGCGGAGGCGCACCUUGAAGAACCGGGGCUACGCCGCCAGCUGUCGGGUGAAGAGAGUCACCCAGAAGGAGGAGCUAGAGAAGCAGAAGGCCCAGCUGCAGCAAGAGGUGGACAAACUAGCCAAUGAGAACGCAUCCAUGCGUGUGGAGCUGGAUGCUCUAAGGUCCAAAUAUGAGGCGUUACAGACCUUCGCCAGGACUGUGGCACGAAGCCCUGCCGUGGGGGUCGGGGUGAGGGCUGGAGGAGGAGGAGGCGGGGUUGCGUCAUCGGUCAUCGGUCCACUCAUACCAGGGAAGGUGGCGACGGCAACAAGCGUGAUCACAAUAGUGAAGUCAAAGACAGAUGCACGGUCUUGAGGGCAGGACGAACCAGAAAGAUGGAGGUGAGACAGGAUGGAGUUCAGCUGCCCCCGCCUCCUCCCAUUUGCGGGGACGCUCGCUUUACCCAUCUGAGAUCAAUGCGGGUGAAGAAUGAGAAGCAAGCAGAGGAGGAGAACUGCUGCCUCGCUUUAAACAGCGACCAAAAAGAAAAACCAGCACGUUCUAAGACGCCAUCAAAAUUCCCAGCAAACGUGCUGAGGCCUUCACCCAACAGUCCUGCUGAUGCGGGCGGCUGAACUCCCUCCUGUGGCUUCCACUCCAGAACUUUUUCAGAAGGUACUAAAGAAGAAUCUAUAUAUUCUAUAGUGGUGGUAAGUGUAUUUCUACUGUUUUGUACUGUGUUGUCAUUCACGAGGUCCAAGCUGUAUUGUGUGUGUGUGUGAGCUGUUGUGUAUCAGGAUUCUGUGAAAUUCUGUGUUUGUUUUGAAGUAUCUAUACUCAGUUGGCUGUAUUUCUCACGUUCAGCUCUGUUUACGUCAACCUUUCCUCUCCGGCUCCAGACAGCUUCCUUUUCCACGUGCAUACUUCCUUAAGUUAGGAAGAGGGGGGCAGAGCUGGCUUAUGAUAACCAAAAAUGGGGGGGGGGGGGGACAAAAAAGUAGUGAAAGGACUUUCAGGGAAAGUUAAAAAAAAAGUGGUUUAGCACAAACGUUUAGUAAAAAAAUCUGGAAGGGCCAGUGCCUUGGCUCCUCUGAGCAGAAGGAAGUGAGGAAGGAUGGGGCGGUCUGUGCAAACUGCGUUCACCUGUGCUUGGUGAUGAGCAGGAUCGAUGACAGGAAAACGCUCGUUUAUGUGGCUGCGAAGGCAAGAUUCAGAACAACAGGGUUUGCUUUUUAUCCCUUUUGCUGCUCAGAAGAAAAAGUUUAGGAAUCCGAUGAACAUUUAGGUGAAUUUCUUUCUUUCUUACAAAGUAAUUUAUGCUGCAAAUCUUUGCCUUUAACCACAAACUCAGUCAGCGGGAAAAGACUUGAUAGAGAAAACAUGCUUCCAGUCACACAAGCGGGCUGUGUCACUUACUGGCUUUAUCAUAAAGUAGUCCUUUGUGGCGUCGUACUCCAGAAGUCUUUGUGACAGAGUCUGUAAUUUUAUAAGGACAGUUAUCUUUGUAUUGACACGUGAAAAGGUAUUGAAAAAUCUGUUUGAUAUACAGCAUCUCUCUAUUUUGCAACUGUACCAAAAGUGGCUUAAUUACUGGGUAGCUUUGCUGUUCCUCUUGUGAGUAGGCGCGUGCGCUUCAUGGUUGUGUGCUGUUCGGUUUAUGACGAGGUAAUAAAUGUCGACUGUUUGACUCUGAAAAGGCAGCUGUGUUUCUGGGCUGCAGAUGAAAGCACUGAGAAAAGGAGGACUUGUUAUGGUUCAGAACAUCAGGUCUCCUGAUGAGGCAUGGAGGUGUUACCUGGAGGGCUGCAUCACUCCUCCGGCUGCUCGGUUCUUUUACAUUAGCUCUCUGUGAGUACAUCUUGUGUACAUUUAGAGUAUUUUUUGGACUGUUCGUGGAGAUGUCCAGGAUGUGGAACAACCUUUGUUAUUGAAUACCUGUUUUAUAUUCUGUUAUUUAAAGCUCUGUUUGUCGGCACGAGUCUCGCCUUUCAGGCAUACUUCUUCAUUUUAAAUCAAACAUUUCAUGAAGCCAAAACUCCUUCAGAAGUAGCUACCUGAAACACCAUGUGACGGUAUUGGGCGAGCUAGCUGCUGCCGCGCAGAGUGACGGGUUUAUAAUCGUCCUUACAUGGGGGGAGCUCCACUUUAAUCACUGGGCUGAGAAGCCUCUCUGCCAGUCUGUUGGUCACAGUAUCCCAGAGUAGAUGGUCAUUGUUUUGGAAGAAAAGAUCAUGUUUUGAAGGAGAAAUAAAACCAACCACAGUGGGACUCUGGAGAAGCAGGGAUCUUGAAAAAGUUUGGAAAUGUCUCAGUUUAACGACAUUCCUGCUUACUCCAGCCGGGGCAAUGGGACUCACCCAGACCGUCCCAGGUUGCUUUGGAUUAAAGUGUCUACUCUGUAAUGUUCAACCACAAAAAAAAAAAACACGCUGUAAGCUCUUAGGGAAGGAAUGCAACCUUGGUCUUGACAUGGACUACAUCUCCGUGUAGUCAAGACGCAGAGAGGGUAAAAGGAGACAUACCAGUGGUUCCCUCACAUAUGAUUAGACUGAGAACACGCUCUAUGUUUAUGCCGAGGAUUUUUUUCAGAGAAUGUUGUGAGUUGACCAAGGGUUAAACAACAUAAAGUGGGAGGAGAAAGUGCACUGCAAAAUCACUUAAUCCUACCAGGUUGGCUUGACUACAGUUUCUUGAGACCCUCAUUUUAACAGGUAACCUUUCACAGCGAUACACGACCACAUGGCAAUAAUUCAGAAAACACCGAGACUUUCCUGGUAAACAUACUGGAUCAUUUACCGAACAGUCAAAGGAAAGCUUUCUAUUUCCAAAAGGAGUUGGGAUUCUUACCUUUAUCUGUUAAAAAAGCUGUGGAAGUUGACAACUGAGCAAACUCUGUAGGAUGGAGGGUUUUGCAGUUCAGUUUGUGCCUCACACACACACAGAGAAUCUCAGCUUAUGUUUGAGAAGGUCACACGUGGUGACUGAUGUGUAGUUAUGCAAACGGUGCAGCUCCUGCCACACAGGAGGGUGAUGCUGCUGGCUGAGGAUAAGCAGCAUCUUCUGGCAUAAAGACCACACUUCUGUCUAUGACUCCAGUGUGGCAGAUUCCCCUCAUUUCAUUUGUUGUUCACUGUACCUGUCUGUAUGCAUAAAAACAAAGGAACCAAUGUUUUGAUUAACUAAGAACACAUUAAUUGAAAAGGUAAAGUGGUCAAUGGGCACGAAGCCUCCAGGAACCUGGGACUCAUGCCUUCUGUCUUCCAGAUGUGAGGUUGUUGCAGCGCUCUGAGCUGACUCUGUAUACACAAACUAGUUAAACAUUACAGGGGUUCAUCUUGAUGAGAAGACGCGAUCAGCUGACAGCGGUGACCUUCAGUGAUAACCGCGCAGGCAGCUUUUCUUCGCAGAGUGUUUGAAGCGAGCGCAUUCUGGCUGUGCAGAGGUCAGAGCUGGAGAUAAACCAGAGCGGCCACUCAUUCUCUCAGCUUUAAAUAAUUUACAAGGGCUGAAAAGAGGUGGAGGAGACACUUCUGCAGGUCAGCCACCUGAUUUACCCUGCCCUCAUUUACAAUGGCAACUCAGCCCCUCCCCAAAACAUUCACUUCAUCCAGAAAUCAUUAACUCCUGAUCUGGCUCCUGAGCCAAUCACAAAGAGGAGUUGUUCUCCUGUCGCUGAAUCACGCCACAGGUCCCCACCGGUCCUUUCACCCUCCACUGACCCAGAAAGUGAAAGAACCAACCUCUCUGCAGACUAACACCCCCUACACGCACAAACACACACACAUUUGGUAUGCAUAUAUUUCAAACAAUCAGGAGCAACAACGCACUGAUUUUGCUUUUUAUCUCCCGCCUGAACGCCACUCUCCAUCCCCGUUUUGCUCACCUGGCUGCUGAGGAGUGAUUUGGUUUAAAGAUGAAGGACGGCGGUGUGUUUGUGUGAAUACGGCGUAAUCUCUUGACAAAAGAGCUUGUGUUAGGAAAGUCUGUGUUUUGUAAUAUUUCUGUAUGGGAUGUAAUAAAUUAUUCUGCGGCUGUACCUUUUCUGGAAAACCCUUAAAAUGUGCUGGUCUUUGUAAGUAUUUAUCUUCAACUAAAUUAUUGUACUUUUUUGGAAUUUGUAGGCGGUGAUGAUGACAAGGCAUUGGUAAUCAUGAAAUGUUUCAUCAUCUGUCCGUGCCAUCUUUAAUUUCUUGUUGUAUAUAUUGUACGUUUGUUGAUAAACAGCUUCUUUAUUUUGUAUAUGACCAAUAAACAUGUUUUAAGAUGUGCA